ACCUGCUUCCUGCGGGUCUCCUCUGCGCAUGUCCAACGACACGUGCAUCGGCCGUGAGGUUGUGGCUAGUUUUGUGUACAUAUGUCAAGUGCUUAAUUUGUAUCUAUUUACAUUUACAGAAGGUUGUGAUAUCCUAUCAAAUGGGAGGACUUCAAAAGAAAAAGUUUGAGAGGGGCUCAGCCACCAGCUACAUCACAAGAAAUAAAGCUCGGAAGAAGUUACAACUAAGCCUCCCAGAUUUCAGGCGUCUCUGUAUCCUAAAGGGCAUCUACCCUCAUGAGCCCAAACACAAGAAGAAGGUCAACAAAGGUUCCACAGCACCAAGAACCUUCUACCUGGUCAAAGACAUCCGCUUUCUCUUGCAUGAACCGAUUGUUGGCAAAUUCAGAGAGUACAAGAUAUUUGUGCGGAGACUUAAGAAGGCUUAUGGAAAGUCUGAAUAUUCUGAUGCACAAAGACUGAAAAGCAACAAGCCUACUUAUAAGUUGGACCACAUAGUCAAAGAACGGUAUCCCACCUUUGUUGAUGCUCUUCGUGAUAUCGAUGAUGCCCUCUGCAUGUGCUUCCUCUUCUCCACCUUUGCCCGAACAGGAAAAUGUCACGUGCAGACAAUCCAGCUGUGCAGACGACUCACUGUGGAGUGGAUGAACUAUGUGAUCGUAUCUCGUGCUCUCAGAAAGGUUUUCCUCUCCAUCAAGGGAAUAUAUUACCAGGCUGAGGUGAUGGGACAGCUUGUUACAUGGCUCGUGCCAUACCAGUUCUCCCAUGAUCAUCCAACAGAUGUUGACUACAGAGUUAUGGCAACCUUCACAGAGUUUUACACAACACUCCUUGGGUUUAUCAACUUUAAACUCUACCAUUCCAUAAAUCUGGUUUACCCACCUAAGCUUGACAGUAAAUCUGAGUUGGAGCUAAAGGAGGAGAAUGAGGAGGACUAUGCUAUGGGUUCCGAAUGCAGUGUGGAGAAACUUUCAGCUCUGAGUGCCACUCUAGCCCGAGUGGUUUCAUCUGCAGAAGAGGAGGAGGCUCAACUUGACCAGUUUCCUGUCGAAGGGGAGGACCUGGAGAAGAUGGAGGUACGGGAAAAGGAACAGAAAGAGCUGGAAGAUCAAAAAAAGAUUUUUGAGGGGCUCAAAUUCUUUGUCAACAGAGAAGUGCCCAGAGAGUCACUGGCUUUUGUCAUUGGGUGUUUUGGCGGCAAGGUUUCUUGGGACAAGUCUGUAGCCAUUGGGAGCACAUAUGAGGAGACAGAUGAGACCAUUACACAUCAAAUUGUUGACAGACCCAACAUAGACAAGCGGUACCUCAACAGGUACUACAUUCAGCCCCAGUGGGUUUAUGAUUGCAUCAAUGCCAAAAUCCUCCUGCCAGUGGAGGACUACUUCCUUGGUGUGACUCUUCCGCCUCACCUCUCUCCAUUUGUGGAGGAGAAAGAUGGCGACUACAUUCCACCCGAAAAAUUGAAGAUCAUGGCCUUGCAGCGCGGAGAAACGUCUGCCCAACAAGAGGAAGAGGAGGAAGAUGAUGAUGAGGAGGAGGAGGAGGAGGAGGGUGUGGAUGCAGAGGACAAUGAUGAUGAUGACGACGAAGAUGCAGAUGAGAAUAAUCUUAAGAAGAUGGAAGAGCAAAGAUCCCAGGGCAAAUCUUUGAACGUAACAGUGACGCCCGGAAAAGUGAAAGUCCAGAACCGGGAGCGCUUGGAGCAGUCGGAGAAAGCAGAGGAGAAACGUCUUGCCAUUAUGAUGAUGAAGAAGAGAGAGAAGUACCUGUACGACAAGAUCAUGUUUGGAAAGAAGCGAAAAAUCAGAGAGGCUAACAAGCUCGCUGCCAAGAGGAAAGCCUACGACGAUUCUGAAAAAGCCAAGAAGAAAAAAGCCAGAAAGUAACUGGUCCCAUGCAGAUUUGUGUCAAAUCUACAGUGCACCGCAGGUUGACGUGUCCCUGUGUGAGGUUUGCUGCACCAUAAUGGUGGUGGCAUUGAUGACUGCGUAUUUAGAGCUAAAAAGCAGGCUGUAAUUUGUGGUGUAAAAGUAACUCUUUAUUUUGUUUCUAUAAACUCUUCUGUAUUUCAAAGUGUUUGUUUCACCCAAUUUUAAAUGUGCUCAAUCUUAAAAUAAAAACAUUAUUAAGUCC